AUCACAUCUUUCUCCUAUAAAUAACCCAACGUUUUUUCAUCUCAAUUCAACUUCAUCUCUUUCUCUACUUGGAAAGUGGCGCUGGCGCAUGCUACAUGAGAAGGACCAGUUAUGGCGGAAACUUUUGUAUGUGAAAUAUGGGAAUGGUCAGCUGACAAAUUCUUCUAUAUGGUGGAAAGAUCUAAACUCUGUUUGCGUUGGAAACUCUGCUGGAUAUUGGUUCGAAAGGUGUUUGAGCAGGAGAAUUGGAGAAGGAGAUGAUACUAUGUUUUGGGAAGAUAACUGGAUGGGUGGAGGUUUGGUCAUUGGUGCUUAAAUGGUUGGGAUUUCAUUUUGUGUCUCCUGGCGCGAUUUUAGACCAUUUCAACCAAUUUGUUGGGACUAGCUGCUGUUCAAACAAAGUUGGAUUGGCAUUAAUCUGGCUAGCUGUGGUGCAUCAGAUUUGGACCGGGAGGAAUGGAGUAAUUUUUCGGGGUAGUAUUCCUGAUCCCGUUGUGUUGUUUGAUUUGAUCAAGAGCAAGGCCUGGGAGUGGUUAAGAGCAAAGAAUAAGAGAUUUCUUCAUUCGUUCUCAGAGUGGUGUAUGGAACCUAUUGCCUAUUUAUCUGAUAUGUAAGUUUGAGUUUUGGUACUGUGUUGUGUGGCUUUUGUAUCUGUGCUCACAUAAGGCAGUGGUGGGUUAUCAUCAUUCUAGUGUUGAUUCUCAAGUGUUCCAGUAGGCUUGGAAAGUUCCUGAUUUUGCUACAUUAUAAUUAAGGAUUUGGUGGCUUUGAUCUGAUAAUUUGAUGCUGGUAUAUAAUUGGAGGAUUGAAUUGAUUAACUCAAAGGAUUAUUUGAAGGCUCCUUGCUAUCACAUUGCUGAUUUCGUAUUUUGGCUUGGAUGAGGAUAUUAGUCUUUAGACAUUGUGGUUUGUGGGUUGCUCCUUGGAAAUUUCGCUUUGAUUUUAGUGAGUUAGUACUCUUUUUCCUUCACUAGGUUUUCCCAAGGGGGUUUUUCCUAGUAAGGUUCUGAUGAGGCUUUCUCGCUAAAUUCUGUUUCCAAGGAGUUGGGGGGUUUUUGUGGGUGUUUGUUGGAUCAUUGUAACUGUAACUGAGAUAAAGUUACAUUAGUUCUCACUCUUUUCUCUGUUCUUUUUUCAUUUGUAUUGGGUUGAAGUACCCCUUGUACUUCCCUUCAAUAUAUUUUCAAUUGCUUAUAAAAAAAAAAAAAAAAACUUCAUCUCUUUCUCAGUGAAC